AUGAUUCGAGGACGGAAAGAACUAAGGGGUAACGAAUACAUCAAAUACAACGACAUCAAAUACAACGACAUCAACUACAACAGGGGUAACGAAUACAUCAAAUACAACGACAUCAAAUACAACGACAUCAACUACAUCAGGAGUAACGAAUACAUCAAACACAACGACAUCAACUACAACAGGGGUAACGAAUACAUCAAAUACAACGACAUCAACUGCAUCAAACACAACGACAUCAACUACGACAGGGGUAACGAAUACAUCAAACACAACGACAUCAACUACGACAGGGGUAACGAAUACAUCAAAUACAACGACAUCAACUACGACAGGGGUAACGAAUACAUCAAAUACAACGAUAUCAACUACGACAGGGGUAACGAAUACAUCAAACACAACGACAUCAACUACGACAGGGGUAACGAAUACAUCAAACACAACGACGUCAACUACAUCAAACACAACGACAUCAACUACGACAGGGGUAACGAAUACAUCAAACACAACGACGUCAACUACAUCAAACACAACGACAUCAACUACAAUAGGGGUAACGAAUACAUCAAAUACAACGACAUCAACUGCAUCAAACACAACGACAUCAACUACGACAGGGGUAACGAAUACAUCAAAUACAACGACAUCAACUACAAUAGGGGGGUAACGAAUACAUCAAACACAACGACAUCAACUACGACAGGGGUAACGAAUACAUCAAACACAACGACAUCAACUACAUCAAACACAACGACAUCAACUACGACAGGGGGUAACGAAUACAUCAAAUACAACGACAUCAAAUACAACGACAUCAACUACAACAGGGGUAACGAAUACAUCAAAUACAACGACAUCAAAUACAACGACAUCAACUACAUCAGGAGUAACGAAUACAUCAAACACAACGACAUCAACUACAACAGGGGUAACGAAUACAUCAAAUACAACGACAUCAACUGCAUCAAACACAACGACAUCAACUACGACAGGGGUAACGAAUACAUCAAACACAACGACAUCAACUACGACAGGGGUAACGAAUACAUCAAAUACAACGACAUCAACUGCAUCAAACACAACGACAUCAACUACGACAGGGGUAACGAAUACAUCAAACACAACGACGUCAACUACAUCAAACACAACGACAUCAACUACAAUAGGGGUAACGAAUACAUCAAAUACAACGACAUCAACUGCAUCAAACACAACGACAUCAACUACGACAGGGGUAACGAAUACAUCAAAUACAACGACAUCAACUACAAUAGGGGGGUAACGAAUACAUCAAACACAACGACGUCAACUACAACAGGGGUAACGAAUACAUCAAACACAACGACAUCAACUACAUCAGGGGUAACGAAUACAUCAAAUACAACGACAUCAACUGCAUCAAACACAACGACAUCAACUACGACAGGGGUAACGAAUACAUCAAACACAACGACAUCAACUACAUCAAACACAACGACAUCAACUACGACAGGGGUAACGAAUACAUCAAACACAACGACGGGUAACGAAUACAUCAAAUAUAACGACAUCAACUACAAUAGGGGUAACGAAUACAUCAAACACAACGACAUCAACUACAUCAAACACAACCACAUCAACUACAACAGGGAUAACGAAUACAUCAAACACAACGACAUCAACUGCAACAGGGAGAACGAAUACAUCAAACACAACGACAUCAACUCCGACAGGGGUAACGAAUACAUCAAAUACAACGACAUCAACUACGACAGGGGUAACGAAUACAUCAAACACAACGACAUCAACUCCGACAGGGGUAACGAAUACAUCAAAUACAACGACAUCAACUACGACAGGGGUAACGAAUACAUCAAACACAACGACAUCAACUACGACAGGGGUAACGAAUACAUCAAAUACAACGACAUCAACUACAUCAAAUACAACGACAUCAACUACAACAGGGGUAACGAAUACAUCAAAUACAACGACAUCAACUACGACAGGGGUAACGAAUACAUCAAACACAACGACAUCAACUACAUCAAACACAAUGACGGCAACUAA